CUCGCAUUGAAUUUCAACGCUUUCUGCUGAAAAAAUAUUGCAUUAAUUCACUGAAAUGGCUGGCAAAAGACAGGCUACGUCUAAUCUUAACCAUGACAACUGGGAUCAGGAAGAGGAGCCUGAACAGCGGGGCACAUUCAAAAGUGCACCCCCAGAAGAGCUAAAGUCACGCGUUUUCAAGACGGCCACACGGCGAAGCACAGCCGGCGCGGGAGACGCCGGCUCGGCCUCGCCGAGCAAGAGUGUAUUUAGCGGUUUCUCGGGUUUUAACAAGCCUGCAGCGCCUGCAAAUGCCGCCCCUGGCGCGCCCUUUGCAUUUCUAGAUAAAUUAGUGCCGAGUACGACUGUCGCUAUUGCGACCGUGGCGAGCACGCCUACGGCCACCUCGUCUGCCAGUUCAAUUGCGUCCGCAACAAAGGUCAACGAGAAUAUUGCUGACGGUAAACCCAAGGCUUCUAUUGACUGGGGAUCUAUCAAACCGUUGUCUAAGGAUUCGACUAGUGCUGGCAAUACCAGUUCCACUACUUCAAUAUUUGGCAAUAGCUCGGCUAUAUCAAGCUCUAAAUCAGCUGCGAACUUUAAGUCACCUGAUACCGCAGAUAAACCUACUUUAAUCAGAUCCAGCGGCACACAAGAGUACCUUGAUAAUGUGGCCGAUUUGAAUAAAGCCUUCGUAAAAUUUUUGCAAGAGAACGUUGAAAAAAAUCCAUACUGCUUGCUGAGUCCAGUGUUUGGCAGCUAUGAAGGUUAUGUGCAGGGACUCCAGCAAAAAGACUCUAAGGAGACAAAGGACAAGGAAACCACAAGCUUACCCAAGGCAGCUACUACCACAGCUAGUGCACCAUCAAGUACAUUUACUUUCGCCAGUCCUACGACCACAUCCAGUGCUAAGAGGCCCAACUGCACGGUAACUAGCGGUAGCGUUGCAACAACAAUGUCUGCACCGAGUUUCUCCUUUCGCAAUAUACAAAAGCCAGUUGAUUCAGCAAGCGACAAAAAUAAGUCUGCAAAGCUUGCACCACCCGCAAGCAUUUUCAGUAUGAAUGCACCCUUAACAUCUACUGAAAGCGUUAAGGAGUCGUCGCCUAAGCAACUCAUUGCCAAAAGCGAGACAGCAACAAGCACAAAUAUAACUCAAUCAAAUGGUUUAAGUUUUGGCCUAAAAAGCGAUGAUAAGCCAAGUACAUCCACUUUUAUGGGCUUUAACAAACCGCCUGCCGAGACCAAAGCACCCGGCGCUGGAUUUUUCUUUGGCUCGGCCACAACGCCAUUUUCUAUGGCAUCUUGUAAUCCACCACCUAGUGCUCCUCCAGAAUCAAGCGAAUCUUCCGCAAAUGAAGCUGAUGAGGAUCAACCACCGAAAGUUGAGUUUAAGCAGGUAGUUGAAGACGAUGCCACAUUUUCGAAACGCUGCAAAGUGUUUGUAAAGAAGGAUAACGACUUUAAGGAUCGAGGCGUGGGCACAUUAUAUUUAAAGCCUGUCAAGGAUUCAAACAAGACACAAAUGCUAGUACGUGCCGACACUAACCUGGGGAACAUACUCAUAAAUGUUUUACUUGCCAAGGGCAUACCAAGCCAGCGCAUGGGCAAGAAUAAUGUCAUGAUGGUAUGUGUGCCAACACCGGAGGAGACUAAGCCCAUGUCCAUAUUGCUGCGCGUCAAAACCGGAGAGGAAGCCGAUGAACUAUUGAAGCAAAUUGAAAAGCACGCAGUGUAAAGAUGGAAUAUAU